GUGGCUCCGCAAAGGGGGCGUGGCCUCAGUCUGCUGCGCCGGCUCGGCCCCGCAGCAGCGAAAGGGGCGCUGCGCGCUUGCGGAAAUAUCCGAAAAAAAGCCCUUAAAAAAACCCAUAACCCCCCUCAAAAAACCCAAAAAAGCAGCAGGAGGGAUUCGCCGGGAUCGCCAUGGUGUCGCUGCUCUGCUGCGGGCCCAAAAUGGCCGCGUGUGGGCUCGUCCUCAGCGCCUGGGGCGUCGUGAUGCUGGUGUUGCUGGGCAUUUUUUUCAACGUGCACUCGGCUGUGCUGAUCGAGGACGUGCCCUUCACUGAGGAGGACUUCAAGGGCGGUCCCGAGCGCAUUUACCGCCUGUACGAGCAGGUCAGCUACAAUUGCUUCAUCGCCGCGGGGCUCUACGCGCUGCUGGGCGGCUUCUCCCUGUGCCAGACCCGCCUCAACAAGCGCAAGGAGUACAUGGUGCGCUGAGCCCCAAAAUCCCCGUUUUUCACCCCAAAAAAUUCCCCGUUUUUCACCCCCAAAAAAACCCCGCAUUCCGCCGCCUUUGGAGGACCAAUUCUUUCCCGCCCUGAGCGCCGCAGAGAAGCGCGGAUGGGCUCGGAUAAUAAAGAGAGUUGUUGUGGA